GAAAUGGUCAGCUUUUGAAUUGUGAAGAAGUUCUAUUUGAUGAAAAAUCAUCAAAAACCACGAUCAAAGAUCUGGUUAAAAUGUAUUUACCAGAUUUACUUAGAGACAGAGAAGAAAUGCUCCUUCCAAGGAAGAUCUGCAUUGGUUGUGUGAAAGCGAUUCUCAACUGGGCAGAUUUUUCCCAAAGAAGUUUGAACUUGCACAACUAUUUCAUGAAAUUGCUAAGUAGGGACUUUGAAAUAUCAAAAGAUAAUUCUGAGCUGGUCAAUUUUAUCAGAACAACCAAGGAAGAGUUUUCAUUGACCUUGGUAAGGUCCAUUUCAAGACUAUCACCUCAAGGCAGAGUACUCUUGCAAUGCAGUGCACCAACUAUAAAUACUUCAUCCAAAAAAGCACCACCUUUGACAAAUACUUCAUCCAAAACAGCAACAACUGUAAUUGAUUCUCCACCCAAUAAAGCCUUAAACUUAUUGUACCGUUCAUGUGAUAGGGCAUCAUUGAACAAUGAAAUAUCACCGGUUAAAAAAGGAGAAUCAAUUUUAAGAAAGCCCACUAGUGAGCUGAAAGCAGUUGAUAGGUUAUCUGUUGAACAAGACUCAGCUGAUCCCAUAAAUACUUCAUCCAAAAAACAGUAUUUGAUGGUUCAUCUGAUAAGGUAUCAGCAGACAAUAACGUAUCACUUUUUAAAAGAGGAAAAUCAAUUUUAAAAAAGCAUACUUGUGAGCUGAAUGCAGUUGAUACAUUGUCUGCUGAACAAGAGUCAGUUGAUUCCUCGUCACUACCUGCCAAACGUAAACCACCUAGACGAAAGCGGAGCUUUCCUAAGAAAAGAAAUAGGUCUAUGAA